GCCACCCACGUGAAAUACGUCCGACGAUAUGACACGCGUCACUUUUUCCACAACUGCGACAAACCCUCACUGACUGGCUAAGAGACAACCGAAGCGGGCGACGGAAUCAUUUGAAUCUUUCUUGGCUAAACGUUUGUUUUGUGCGCUUUUUCAGUGCGUUGGUGAAUGAAUUGCUGAAAAGACUUCAGUGUUCAUUUCAUAAACAGACGACACGGUUUCGGUCGCAUCGGCCAGCGCGCUCAAUCGUCCUUUGUGUGUCUCUUUGUGUGUCUCUUUGUGUGUCCAGAUGUGUGAUGUGUGCGUGUGGAGGAGGACGAGGACAACGGCGCAUUGUGGACGGCCGCCUGAGUGGAAGCGUCCGUGCGACUCGCGCGUUGAGUGGAAUGCAGCAGAAGAAGAAGACAUGUCGCCACGCGCGGAUCGAAUCCUGGUCCUGGUCCUGAUCAUCAUGACGACCUCCGUGCGGCAAGGUAGCGCUCUCCGCUGCUACAAGUGCUCUGACUACACCGGCCGCUGUGAGAACGUCCACGAGUGCACGUACGAGGACGCCUGCCUCACGCUCAGCGUCCAAGGCGGCAAAACGGUGCGGCAGUGCAUCCGCUACACGGACUGCGACAACUCGCGUCUGUCCCAGAUGUUCCCGGCCAUGCCGCCCUUCUCCUACCGCUGCUGCAACAACAACCUGUGCAACUCCAGCGGUGCGCUGCGCGUGGCCCCGCCCGCCCCGCUGCUGCUGCUGCUGAUUGGCUGGCUGCUGAGCGCGCUGGUCUUCGGCCUGUGAGGUCACGUGACCUUGGUCUGCUUUUCAUUAAAAACUAAAUCAAAAGUU